UUAUGAGAUUCUAGUUCAUUCGCCAUUUGCUUGUCAAAGAAAUAGUACUUUGUUCGACAUCGUCUCUUGCUUAAAAAACAAUAUGGCAGGACAGGUUUUGGAGGACGUUUACGACAACUGUUUUGCUGGAAGACGCGUGUUGGUGACGGGAGCUGGCAAAGGAUUGGGGUACGCGAUCGCGAAGAAAUUUUACGAACAUGGAGCAUCUGUAUUCGCUUUGGAUAAGAAUAAGAAAAGCUUGGAAGCUUUGAAGGACGAAUUAAAAAAUGUAACAAUUAUUACAGUCGAUUUAAGAGACUGGGACGAGACCCGUCGCCUUGUUAAAUCAAUUGCUCCGAUUGACCAUCUUGUCAACAACGCUGCAAUUUCUCAAACCAGUUACUUUGAAGAAGUUGAUCCAACUCAAAUCGAUGAGCUCUUUAACGUCAACUUCAAGGCCGUCGUGAAUGUCACCCAAACUGUGGUAAAGGGCUUGGAGGCUGCAAAGAGGACUCAGGGUGCAACAAUCGUUAAUGUGUCGUCCUGCUUUGACACAACUCCAUCAAAAGGCAUUUCUAUGUACAGUUGCACCAAGGCAGCUUUGUUAAUGCUGACCAAGAGCAUGGCCCUGGAGCUUGGUGACCAGGGUGUACGAGUCAACUGUAUUAGCCCUGCACCGACCGUGGUCCUGCACGAGAUGUUCGUCUCGCCUAAUCCAAAGAUUAUUCAGGAAACGCAGAAAAUUUUGGACCGACAGAUAAUCAAAAGGCCUGUACAACCGAGUGAAGCUGCAGAAAUUGUCAUGUUUCUCUCCAGUCCGUCGUCAAGCAUGAUCACUGGGUCCUCACUUCCCGUGGAUGGUGGAAUUUUUACCCGUUAACCGUUUCCCUUCAGUUCAAUUUUGUAGGAUUAAAAAUGCUUUAGAACAAUGAAUUACAUAUACUGUAUUCAAAUAUCUAUAAAUCUGGCACAGUGAAUAAAACACUAUCUUUACUUUGUUUACAGA